AAAAAAUGCUUUUCGGAAGUGUUCCAAAAGCAUAUCUUUGGAAUUCUAUUUCUUCAUUAUUUGGGACGGACAGAGCUACAAAACAGACGAGCGAGAAUAAUGUAGCUUCUUAGUGGAAAAUGGCGAAAAAUUUAAAUUUUGAUACCGAAAACAUUCCUAGGGCAACCGGUUCACCGCCCACAACAUCAAAUUCAACCCAACAACUUAAUGUGCAGCAGCAACAAAAGACGCCAACAACCGGCACGCGCAUCACCAACUACAGCACAUCAUGUGCCGGCUGCUUGAAUGUAUUGAAUUUGAGUCGUGAGGAGUUCGUCAUUGCGCUGGGUCAAGAGUGGCACAGCGAUUGCUUUCGUUGUUCCGUGUGUGAUGCACAUUUGCACAAUUGGUAUUUCGAAAAGGACGGUCUACUCUUCUGCCGUGACGACUACUAUCAACGCUUUGGUGAAUCCUGUCAACAAUGCAGCGCUAUCAUAACGGGGCCGGUCAUGGUAGCAGGCGAUCAUAAAUUCCAUCCAGAAUGCUUUUGCUGCAGCGCGUGUGCUGUGUUCAUUGGUGAGGGUGAAGCCUACGCAUUGGUGGAGCGUUCCAAACUCUACUGUGGCAAUUGCUAUAAGCAACAAGAAACACAUGCAGUUGCGACAGAUUUAGAUGCGCUUAGCGCCGGUGUAACAAUUGAUGGUGACAGUAGUAACAAUAAACACACACAUGCAAUUAGUGGCAGCGCAAAACCCAUACAUUCCAUACGCCUGGUAGAGAUACCGAAAGAUGCAACACCGGGCCUACGUCUGUCCGUGGAUAAUGUGAGCGUGCAACGACAUUACUUGGAUGGCGGCAGUGGUGGUGGCAGCGGCGGAGCAUUUCGUGCCACAUCGCCAACACAUGCAAAGCGUUUAGACGGUCCACUCGAAGUUUGUCCGGCCGUGCGCAUUUCUGAAUACAUUUGUAGAAUAUAUGGUCGCCUGGGGAAAUAUGUUUUCUCCUUUAUAACAUCGGUUAUCGAUCAGUGUUGUGGUAGCGAUUAUAGAAUCGAUGUAAAUUUAGCCAAUCUGCACAUCGGCGAUCGUAUAUUGGAGGUGAACGGCACACCCGUUAACGACACAUCCAUCGAACACAUUGACAAAUUGAUACGUAGCACCGAGAAAAUACUACAGCUCACCGUCGAACACGACCCCGUACAGGUCUGUCGCAGCUGCAGUCAAGCGGACAUACUGCAACGGCCCACAUCAUAUAGUGACCUACCGCCAUUGGCCACAUCCGCUUCGAGCAUCGAAGUCUACGGACGCCGCAGCGUUACUGACUCGCUCACCGGCAGUACGAGUACCAGCACGAUCGCGCCGCACAGCAACAGCAGCGAUUGCGGUAGCGGCGGCAGCUCGCCCACACGUCUGACCAAGCUAGACAAGGAGCGCAUAUACAAGCGCAAGGAUGAGGGUUAUAUAAGCGGCACGAAGACACGACAGCUGCGUAAAUGCAAGAAUCUGCAUAUGAUUGCGAGUGAACAGCCAACGCUGCCGCAUGCCGGUUCCACACAUUCCAUAGGACCCACAAUGAGCGGCGCCGUUACUGCGUCGGCCAAAGUUGACGCAACUGCGACGGACUCUACACAACUGGGCAUGCGUUUGCGCGAGAAGGAGCGCUGCUCCAGCAUGUCCAAGCUGCUGGAUGAACAACAUGCGCCGACCGAGCAAAUUUACGAUUUAUCGCGCACGAAAUCUUUUCGUGUGGAGCCCAAGCCGCAACGCAUCUUUCGCGCCUCCGAUCUGGUGUUGGGCGAACUGCUCGGCAAGGGUUUCUUCGGGCAGGUGUACAAAGUGACACAUCGUCUAACGAAGGAGGUGAUGGUGCUCAAGGAGUUGUAUCGCGUGGACGAGGAGGCGCAGCGUAAUUUCCUCAAAGAGGUCGCGGUACUGCGUUCGCUGCAUCACAAGAAUGUGCUGCGCUUUAUUGGCGUGCUGUACAAGGAUAAGAAGCUGCAUUUGGUCACCGAGUAUAUAGCGGGCGGUUCGUUGAAGGAGCUCAUACACGAUUCGGGUUUGCCGCUCACAUGGCCGCAGCGCGUCUCAUUCGCCAAAGAUAUUGCUUGUGGCAUGAGUUAUUUGCACCGCAUGAACAUCAUACAUCGUGACCUGAAUUCGUUGAACUGUCUCGUGCGCGAGGACAAGUCGGUAAUUGUGGCGGACUUCGGACUAGCGCGCAUCAUUACGGCGCCAUUCUUCAGCGCAGGCAGCAGCAGUGGCGCGGCAGGUGGCGUUACGCUUGGCAGUAGCAGCAGCAAUGAGCGUUGGUCGGGCGGUGCGUGUCUGAGUCCGAAUGGCACUUUGGGGCGCAGCAAGAGCCGACAGCGCAGGCAGCGUUACACGGUGGUGGGUAAUCCCUACUGGAUGGCGCCGGAAAUGAUGAAGGGACUGAAGUAUGAUGAAAAGGUGGAUGUGUUCUCGUUCGGCAUCAUGCUGUGUGAGAUCAUCGGACGCGUACAAGCCGAUCCGGAUUUCCUGCCGCGCACCUCCGAUUUUGGCUUGAAUCAGAAAGUAUUCCGCGAGAAGUUUUGCCAACAGUGCCCAGAGGCGUUUUUCAAAAUCGCCUUCCUUUGCUGUGAUCUCAAUCCUGAUAAAAGACCGUCCUUUGAAAUACUCGAGAUUUGGUUGGAAAGUUUGCUGGCCUCUAUUGCCAUGAACCAGUCGCUGCCCGCCGAUCUGCUGUACGACAUAGAAAACUAUAAGGGCACCAUCAGCAUUAGCAGCACGCCGGACGGCAUGCUCACGCCGAAGUCGAAUCGCAGUCGCGACGAUCUGGACGAUUUAGGCGCGCAGCGCAAACCAACGCCACCGAAGCAAGAAAAGCCCGCACUUUCUGUGACACAACCUAGUAUAAACGCCGAAAGCUUUAAAGACGACAGUGAGUUCCACGAUGUGACGAAAAUGGAAGGCAAGGAGAAUGCGGUUAUACUGCGUAGAGAUAUGCCGAAAUCCCCGCAUUUGGGUAAGGACUUCUCACCCACUGGCGAGCGUAUACGCGAUAGCAUGCGCGCACGCCGCCGUCAACGCCUCAUGCAAGCCGCGCAGCAACGCGGCGUGACGCCGGAGAAUAAAUGCACUGAGCGCGUGUUGGAGGCUGUGAAGCAGUCGCUCCAGAAUGGUGGUCGCGGCGGCGCGCCACUAAGCAGCUGCAAUGGCAGUGGCGCGAAGAAGAGUCGUCCGUACGGCGAGAAGGGCUUUCUGCUGGACAUCAAUCGCGAUGGCGAUUUGCGCUUAAAUAAUGUAAAGGAUUUGAAUUAUUGUUCAGAUUUCGACUCCAGCUGCGACACGAGUCUCAACUAUCACGAAGUGAACGCGGUGGAUGACAUGAAAUCAGCCGAAUGUGAAAUGCCUGCUGCGCACUUGAUAAACCGGCCGGCGGUGUUGCAAGAAGAAGAGCACGCAGAAGAUGAAGUACAAAGCGACGAGGCGAAAACGUUGACGCUUGCGCAGACGGCGUUAGGUGCUGAAAUGCAGUUGAACGCGGUAGCGUGCACUAGCGCGGAAUCGCCGACAGCCAGCGCAGCCACAGAAGAGGUUGAUGCGGCGACGCUCAGCACCAUGCAACAGAUACAGAAAAAGAUCGCCGCGAAAUCCUACAAAAACGCGCUCGAUGACAUACGCACGAAGCUGAAUUUGUGUCGCAAUAAAUUCGAAACAAUCGACGCAGCGAAUCGGCGCAAUUACAGCAAUUCACAAAACUCAAUGAAAACCUUUUUCCGCUCGCGCAACUCGCGCUCCAUAGUAACAAGCCCCACAGAGGCUGCGAACGCCAGCGAAAGUGUUUACAAAACGCCACCCGAGGCACUAAAAAUGUUCCAGCGCCUCGAAGCAGCCAACGCAGCCGCAUUACCAGCCGGUACGCCGUCCAGCGAGCUUGCGCGUCUGCCUGGCCACAGUGUCGCGUCGAGCAGCAGUAGCAGCACCUAUCGCAUCAAUCAAACGCCGAUAUUUGGGCGCAAGCAGCCACCAAAACAAGUCGAGCUGUACACACCACACUCGGAGUCAUUGGAGAAUCUGCAUACCGGUCUGCCGCCCAUGACGGCGUUGACGCCGGUUGCACCCCGCAAAGAUAAAAACAGUCCAGGUGGCAGCGGCAAGCGUGCGAAGUCACCCAAGCGACCUGUGAGCACAUUCCGUAGUUACCUCAAUGAGGCGGCAGCGGAAGAGACUGAAGAAAGCACAGUCGCGCGUUUGCCGGCGUCGACGACUGCAGUAACGACGGUGGAGACGACGCCGAAAAAGAAUCGUCGCCUCAACAGCGGGAAAGAGAGUACAAAUGAACAGCCUUGGCAGGCCGAGAAACCCGAAAAGGUGGCAGUGACAAGCAAAAGUCGUAUCUUUGGCUUGCGUAGUUCAGUGAAGCCCUCAGCGAUGACGACGCGUGAGGCGACACAGACGCCGCAACGGCGUACACUUUCGCCCACAAAAGCCAGCGACGCGCGUCGACUGGCGAACAGACAAGAUGUGCAAAACACAGCACCCCCAACCCAACAGCAGCGCCUGCGUCAAAGUCUUGCCAACAACAGCAGUCAUCAUAGCAAUUUUACAACAACAACUCCUGCCAGUUUGAAAAAUACAACACGUCUCACCAUACUCAGUCCCGAAAAAGUGCACCGCCUCAAUGCGAAGCUGACCGAUCAGAAGGUGAAAGUCAAAAGUAGUGAUACGAAAGCCACAGUCGUGAGCAACACAGUGGCAGCCACGCCCACAGCGAACAGCAGCGCCGAACAAGCGUUACAAUUAGAACGACGCAAGCGUAAGCAACUCUCUACGCGUUAUUGAUUUGAUAUUUCCGAAAGCAAUAGACUAAACCGAGCGCGUGUCGAGCGAGCGCGCGCGCCAUGAAUAAGCGAAUAAUAAAUGUAGAUUUAAAACGAAACUAAACGAUAAUAAUACAGUAAGCAGUUGUGUGUGGAUGGAGGAGUUUCGGAGUUAAAUAUUUUCGAUUCGAACUUAACCGUAUAUUCGAAAAAAGCAUUGAGAAUUGUAAACAGUUUAUAUUAGCUGAGUAUUAGUUGUAAAAGACAUGCUUAAAAAGACGAGUAGUGUAUAAAUAACGGUUUUGCCUGUCUGUAUGUAUGUAAAUUUGUAUUCAAUAUACAACAUAGUUGAGAAAUGUAAGCGUUACGCUCGCCAUACGAAUAUAAAAUAGGUGAAAAAUUGCAAUUUUAUUUCAAUAACAAUUAAUUGUAAGCGUUUAUUAAGCUAAAGUUGUAAACAAAUGAAAAGUUGAAUAUAAUAUUUAGUUGUUAGUGGGAAAAAAGUGCCUAAACUAUGUAAGAAUAUAUAAUGCAAUCUGCUUUUUACACAACUAAUGGACGAAAAGUGCGAAAAAUUACUAAACACAACACGAUUUUGGCCAG